CUGCAUUCGGGUGGGUGUGUGAUAUAUGAUUCCCUAACCAAUCACAUACUCAUGCCAUAACGAGGGCUACAUGUAUAAACCGAGUGUCCAUUUAUGCAUAUAUAUGUAAUAGAAAGAGAAGAGUGACAGAGCUGUCUCCGGUCCUAUUUGCUGCCUGAUUCUGCUGGUUCUGAAGAAAAAAGAAGCUGAAAGAUGAAGACUCUGGCGGUCCUGGUGCUCUGCUCCCUGGCUGUUGUCUGUCUGACUUUAGAUGCCUCCACUGGCUCCCAGCCUGCUGACAACCCUGCUCAACAGGGUUUGUUUGUGGAGAGGGAGCAGGCCUCCGCUGUGGUGAGGCAGAAGAGAGCUGCUGGAGAGUUAACCCUGACCCAGCUGGAGAGCCUGAGAGAAGUGUGUGAGGCCAACUUGGGUUGCGAGGACAUGAUGGACACACAGGGAAUCCUUGCCGCCUACACCGCCUACUACGGACCAAUCCCCUAUUAGAAACCAAACCACGACCACUGAUUAUACUGAUGUCCAGUUAAGCUACACACAAAAUAAGACAAAACAACAACAAACAUUAAAAAGUGAGAGAUGUGGGGUUAAAGAUGAAAACAGAUGUGGAAUAAUAUGUGAACCUAUUUCCCAUCCUGCAUAUAGACCUAUAAAAUUCUCUCUAUAAUUCUAUAAUUGCUGUUCGCCUGUAGAGUAGUGUGAUGAAAUUAAAAUACACAUAAAU